AGGUCAAGCUGGGAGGAAGGGUGAUGGCGGCCUCCAGCUGCUGGCAGAGGUGAUUGCCAGGUGGCAGGGGUGCUGCGAGGAGCUGCCCAGGAGCCACAGAGCAGGCUGCCUUGAGCUCUGCCUGUGCUCGGCCAGCGCUUUUCCUGCUUGAUGCCGCCUGUGUCCGGAAGUCUUUCACCAUGAUCGAUAGCUCCAAGAAGCAGCAGCAGGGCUUCCCAGAGAUCCUAACCGCUGGGGACUUCGAGCCAUUAAAAGAAAAGGAAUGCCUUGAGGGGAGCAACCAGAAAAGUCUCAAGGAAGUGCUCCAGCUAAGGCUGCAGCAGAGGAGGACAAGAGAGCAGCUCGUGGACCAGGGCAUCAUGCCACCUUUGAAGAGCCCAGCGGCAUUCCAUGAACAGAUAAAAAGCUUGGAACGAGCCAGAACCGAAAACUUUCUGAAACACAAGAUCCGGAGUCGACCAGACCGCUCCGAACUUGUCAGGAUGCACAUUUUAGAAGAAACAUUUGCAGAGCCAUCCCUACAGGCUACUCAGAUGAAGUUGAAAAGAGCUCGGCUAGCGGAUGACCUGAAUGAAAAGAUUGCUCAGAGACCUGGUCCCAUGGAGCUGGUGGAGAAAAACAUCCUUCCCGUGGACUCCAGUGUUAAGGAAGCGAUUAUAGGUGUUGGGAAGGAGGACUUCCCCCACACUCAGGGUGAUUUCUCAUUUGAUGAAGACAGCAGUGACGCCUUGUCUCCGGACCAACCAGCCAGCCAGGAGUCGCAGGGAUCAGCCGCGUCCCCCAGUGAGCCAAAAGUUAACGACUCGCCAUCUUCUGUGACUGCAAGCACGCCAGCCCAGUUUCCUUCAGCGUCGCAAGCAGUUCAUGAAUUCUUGAAGACGCCGCCUACUGCGGAUCAGCCUUCCACCAGGUCCCCAGCUGCUGUCCUCCCCACAAACACUGUGUCCACAGUGAAGCCUGGCCCGACCCUGGUGAAGCAAAGCCACCCCAAGAAUCCAAAUGAUAAACAUCGUAGCAAAAAGUGCAAAGAUCCCAAACCCCGGGUCAAGAAGUUAAAGUACCACCAGUACAUUCCUCCGGAUCAGAAAGGGGAGAAGAACGAGCCGCAGAUGGACUCCAACUACGCCCGCCUGCUGCAGCAGCAGCAGCUGUUCCUGCAGCUGCAGAUCCUGAGCCAGCAGCAGCAGCACUACAACUACCAGACCAUCCUGCCCGCACCCAUCAAAAACGACAAAAAUAACAACAGUGGGAAUUCAGCCUUGAACAGUUCCACGUCAAACACCCCAAGACCGAACACAUCUGCUCCUGCGAGAAAGCCAGGACCGCUGCCUUCCAGCCUGGAUGACUUAAAGGUAUCAGAACUGAAGACAGAACUCAAAUUAAGGGGUUUGCCGGUGUCAGGCACCAAACCAGACCUCAUCGAACGCCUGAAGCCUUACCAGGAAGUAAACAGCAGUGGUCUGGCUGCUGCCAGUGUUGUGGCAGGGUCGUCAACACCCAUCGUCGCUGGUAACGCAGAAGUCACCACAACCUUGCCAGUUACGGCACUGCAGAACACCGUGACCAGCACCGCCAGGUCAGCGUUCAAGGCAGAACAGCCAUCUGCCGGAAGCAAUCAAGUGGCACAGGCUGACGGGGUCCCCUCCCCGCUGCCCAUCUCACCCUCACCCUCCGAACAGUCCAGCCUCAGCACCGACGACACCAGCAUGGCCGACACCUUCCCCGAGAUCAUGGCCAUCAUGUCACCCUCGCAAUUCCUGCGGUCCUCUCCCCUGAGGGUGGCCAACAGUGAGGCAAGCCUGAGCCCCGCCAGCAGCACCCUUCCCAGCCCAGAGCUGGAUGCUGCCGAGAAGGACCGCAAGCUCCGGGAGAAGGAGGAGCAGAUUGAGGAGCUCAAGAGGAAGCUGGAGCAGGAGCAGAAGCUCGUGGAAGUCCUGAAAAUGCAGCUGGAGGCGGAAAAGCGCAGCCAGCAGCAGCAGCAGCAGCGGCCCCUGGAGCCCCAGCCUGGUGCCCCGGCUCCAAGUGGCCACAACUCGGACCAGAAAGCUGGCUGCAUCAGCCCCUCCAUCAAAGACGAGACCACACUCCCUGACUGCUCCAACUCAGGGGGCCAGGCCCUCAUUGCCAAAAAUGCAGUGGUCAUCAAGCAGGAGGCCCCCGUGGGCCAGGCGGAGCAGCAGAGCAUCGUGCCGCAGUUCUACGUGAGCUCGCAGGGCCAGACAGCACCUGCUGUGGUUGCCCAGUCCCAGGCUUUGCUCACUACCCAGACUGCUCAGCUACUGCUCCCCGUGUCCAUCCAGGGUUCCAGCGUCACCUCCGUGCAGCUCCCAGUAGGCGGCCUCAAGCUCCAGAGCGCCCCACAAGCAGGACUCCAGCCCCAGCCCCCCAUAGCAACUGCUGCCCAGGUCCCUCCUGCCGCCUUGUCCCCAGGCCUCACCGUGCCACAGAAGCAAGACACUUUCCAGCAGCAUGUGCUCACUCCGCCGCAGCAAGCCAGAAAGGUUUUCACCAACGCGGCCCCAAACACAGCGCUUCCAUAUCAGAGACAGCAGGCGCCCGCCGCGCAGCCGCCCUUCGUCAGUGCCCCCACUCCCCUGCAGCCCAGAAACGCUCCGCCUCCAUCCUUGCAGAAUGGGCCACCCCCGCCCACCAAGCCCAGCUCACCCCCUCCACCCCAGCAGUUUGUCGUCCAGCACUCUCUUUUCGGGAGCCCAGUCACCACCAAAGCCCCUCCCCGCUAUGAGGAGGCCAUCAAGCAGACCCGCAACACCCACUCAGCCCUGCCAGAGGUUCCCAGCGCCCACAGUCAGCAGAUGGAUGACCUCUUUGACAUCCUCAUUAAAAGCGGAGAGAUUUCUCUCCCUAUCAAAGAGGAGCCCUCUCCUAUUUCCAAAAUGAGACCAGUGACCGCCAGCAUCACCACCAUGCCCGUCAACACAGCAGUGUCCCGGCCACCGCCCCAGGUCCAGAUGGCGCCCCCUGUUGCCCUGGAGCCCCUGAACAGCUUAGAGAACCAACUAGAAGCUUUCCUGGACGGAACUUUACCCUCACCCAGUGACAUUGCUCCACUACAAAGCAACGGUGAAGACCGAGAGCCCUUCUCCCUGAUCGAGGGCCUCCCCACGGACCUGCUGAGCCACCCGAGUGUCCUGGACCACUCACAUUCACCCAUGGAGACUUCUGAGAGCCAGUUUGCAGCGGGCACCCCCUGCCUGUCUCUCGACCUCUCGGACUCCACCUUAGACAACAUGGAAUGGUUGGACAUCACCAUGCCCAGCACAUCCUCGGGGCCAAGUAUGUUCUCUGCUGACUUUCUCGACCCACAAGACCUCCCGUUGCCGUGGGACUAAUGCCACAGGGUUCUUGUCUUGGGGUUCGCCAGGUUUUAGAACACAAGGAAGAGUAACAGGUCAGCUUCUAGAGAUAGAGCCAUAGUUGCAUUAUUGCAAUUAAAAUACAUUGUCACAGAACAAAGAGAUGGAAGGUGAUAGCCUGGAAACCAAGUGUGAAAACCUUUCAUUGCGUCCGCGGUGAAUUUCCACAAUGCAGUGUAGCGUGGGGCCUUCUGCAACACUAGACAGAGAAGAUGCAGCCGCUUCUCGAGCCUUCCACGCUGCAGGAUCACCGCACCAGGAUUCUACACGCGGCCACUUGCAAGACUCAGUCAGGCAGACAGCUACACUCCAAACCCAAGGCCAGUGUGAGGGAGGUGCCGGGGCCGCAGGUGCGCUUCCUGGGGCCACAGCAGGGCUCAGCAGCCACAGAGGGCGCUGGCCGGCUCCGGGACGGCCUCUAGCUAAGGACUUUGGGUUCCAUUCAGAAACCUGUGUAGUUUUUUGUGUUGUAGUUAAUUUUGUGAUUUUUGGAAUCGUUUUAUACUUAGAUUUCCAAAGUUAAGCUUAAAUGGGAGAGCUUUCCUUUAUAAUCCGUAGAUGUCUACAGAAUCCUGACAGAGGCACUGCACUGCACAGCGUCCAGGCGCCGACAGCCCUGAGGCCGGGGGCCGCCCUCCGGGGCUUGGGUUGCAUUCGCUCUGUCCACUGGACAGUCUCGUGGACAUUCUGACGUCAUCCCUACAGCCGACACGGGGGUAAGGAAAUGGGUACCCAGGGGUCUUCCUUGUUCUUACUAACCCAGCUCUCUCAAGAGAACUUGAGCCACAUGUAUUUGUGUGUGUGAAGAAUUGCUGACUUUCAGGUAACCAGAUCCAUCUCAAAGAACCGGGGUAAGGCUUUGGCACAAAAUGUCAUUCUGAGCCAGAGCGUGAGCAGGGUGGGAGGUGAGGGGACAGUCCUUCGAGAGCCGAGGACAGCCCCGGGACGCGCACGGUCCCUGCCCCAGUAAGGCUGGCUGUCCUCCCUGCCCCAACCCCUGGCCAGCACUUCACAGGCUCCCAACUGGACGGCAGUCUGUCAAGCCGAACAGUAGAAAACUGGAGGUUUUACUUUUUCUUUUUUAAUAUAUGGGGGGGGGGGGAGUUAUUAUAUAUUUGUUGAGUAGUUUAAGAAUUUCCUAACUGCCAACUCACAGCAUUUCCAAAAUCUAGUCAGUUAAAUAUGAUAAUAUGUCAUUAUCUGCA